AUGGCAUUGCCACGAGUCGCUCUGCGGCGCGCCUGUGGCCUCGGCCAGCGGGAAUUGUUCUGUUGCAGAUAUGGUUUUCGUCCUCAACUCGUCCCUUUGAAUGCUCUCCGGGGUCCUAGUCUCCGUUUCACACACAAUACUACUGCUGAAUCACGGGCCACUGAAACCACCGAAGACAAUGGGCAGAGAACAGUUGGAAAGCAACUUCGCGAGGAAUGGUCCAAGUACAACCAUUUCCCUCGGGCCUCCCAACUAAGCGAGUUCCGUGAGGGACAAGAGGUCACAGUUCACGGCUUCCUGUACAGGAGACGAGUGAAACACUCAAAACUGGUAUUCGCAGAUAUUCGACUUGACCAUGGACCUCAGGUUCAAAUCGUGUCGAGCUAUCAAGAGGUCGAUAGCCCAGGACACCUGGCGAACCAGGCGCUCAGAGCCAUUCCCUUGAAUAGCCCAGUUGCCGUGAUGGGUACUGUUGCUCAGCUCCAUGGGCAUCCACAGCCGCCAGAACAAUCAGAGCAGUCUUCUGUGCCCAGCAGCUCCCCUUCCCAAGUCUCCCGCGUCGAGCUCGCCCUCAAGACAAUACAGCCCCUCAACGUCUUCCCCAGGGACAUUAUCGUCUCCGAUGGGGUCCAAUUCCCCCCGUCUUCGCGCCACUUGCAGAUCCGCUUCGAUGAUGCCCUCCGCAGCCGUCUCCUUGCACGGCCUCGGAUAGGGCUGCAACUAAGAAAGUCUCUUGACAGUCUUGGCUUUACAGAAGUCGAGACACCCAUUCUUUUCAAGUCUACCCCUGAAGGCGCAAGAGAGUUUCUGGUCCCGACAAGGCGCCCUGGUCUGGCGUAUGCCCUCCCACAGAGUCCUCAACAAUACAAGCAGAUCCUCAUGUCGAGCGGGAUUCGGGCAUACUACCAGUUUGCUCGCUGUUUCCGGGACGAGGAUCUGCGGGCUGACAGGCAGCCCGAGUUCACACAGCUCGAUAUAGAGAUGUCCUUUGCCACGGGUCAAGAUGUCAUGCGCACGGUUGAAUCCGUAGUCUCUGACCUGAUGACCUGGUUGGAUGUACAUUUCCGGGCAGUGAGGAGACAUGGAGAUGUUUACCUCGUGCCCAACGAGACCUUGGACGCGGCAGAUGCAGGAGACAUCAGCGUCAGAAGACGUCCUGUGCACUCCCCGUUCACUCGCAUUACGUACGAAGAGGCCAUGACGCGGUUCGGCAUUGACAAGCCUGAUGUGCGGAUUCCGUUCGAGCUUCAUCGGGUUGACCAUGCCCUGCCUCGGUCGUUUGUUUCCAUGAUUACCCAUCUCGACAACCCAGUGGUAGAAGCAUUCAGGUUCCGUCCUACUUCAAAUGAAGAUGCCCACUUGAGCGACACCUCGGAAUUCGUCGACAAAUUCAUGAAGAACCUACCUUCUCCCCUGGCUAAGAAUCCAGACGGGGCACCCGUUGCCUUGGUUGUCAACUCGAAGAAGCCGCUCCGUGGCCUCUCACCCCUCGGUUAUGAUGGUGUUGCACGCUUAGAGAGCGGGGAGCCCGGCCUAGAAGAAUUUGCGGACUUGGAGGACGGAGACGUCCUCUUCUUCCAAGCCCGCGAAGACAAGCCGUUCCAAGGCGGCUCGACUGCAUUCGGCACACUUCGGAACCUAUUGUAUCAAGCAGCCGUGUCCGCUGGUCUUCUCCCGCAUGAUCCCAGCUUCAACUUCCUCUGGGUGACCGAUUUCCCCAUGUUCACCCCCGAGAACGAGACGGAUCCCGGUCAAGGCGGCACGGCAGGCUUUUCGGCAACCCAUCACCCGUUUACCGCGCCGCUGACGGACGAUGAUGUUGAGAUGCUCGCAACGGACCCGCUGAAGGCGAGAGCUGAUCACUACGACCUUGUCGUGAACGGUGUCGAGCUGGGUGGCGGCAGCCGGCGUAUCCAUGUGGCCAAGCUGCAGGAGUACGUCAUGAGAGACAUCCUCAAGAUGACCGACAAGGGUGUAGGGCAAUUCUCGCACCUGCUUGAGGCUCUGCGUGCUGGCUGCCCGCCCCAUGCCGGCUUUGCCCUAGGCUUUGACCGCCUAGUCGCGCUCCUCACGUAUACGGAUUCGGUCCGCGACGUUAUUGCGUUCCCCAAGUCCAUGAAAGGCGAAGACCUCUCUGUCAAGAGCCCCGGGAAAUUGACCAGCGAGCAGCUCGAGACUUACCAUCUUUCUUUUACCCCCAAGAAAUCAUGA